UUGCUAACAUCAUGCAUGGCAGUUUACGUAGGCACAGUAGGAAUUCAUGCAGCUCUGGUGGAUGGCUCGGCGUCCAACAUAAGUUUUAUCAGCCAGGAUGAGAUUCUGGAUCCCAAUAUCACGGAAACGUACAUGGGUGAAUGGAAGGACGAUAAGCGCACUGGGUGGGGCGUGGCUGAGCGGAGCGAUGGCCUGAAAUACGAAGGCGAAUGGCAGAAUAAUCGGAAGUAUGGUUACGGUGUGACGUACUUUAAGGAUGGAACCAAAGAGGAAGGAAAAUACAAGAACAAUAUUCUCAUAUCAUCUCAGAAGAAAAAGGCCACCUUCAUGUUGCGCAGCAAAAUGAGAGAAGACACCAGGGGCCAGUUCCGCAGCGUCCCAGAUUGCUCAAAAGCGAUAUUGCCGUGGGCCGACAGAACUGCUACGGCUCGAGGAAAAGCCGAACAAGCGGAAAUCGCUGCCAUGAAUGCCAAAGAAGAUGCUGAGAUUGCGAGAGCGUAUGCCAGCCAGUUUGGUCCCGACUUCAGGCAGGGGGAUCAGCCUCAGUUUCAUACUGUGAUCAGUCAAAUCGACGCCGUUGCUCACCAGCGAGCCCAGUCUCUGUACGGUGCCGGUCGCCGGCCGGCUGCUGCCAAUGCCAUCCCAGAUAAUCGAAUGCGUUCGAGUGUUACCGAUGAGGAAUCGUUUAUGCCGUCGGGAAUAGCCGCUCGCAUCGGCGGACGCCUAACUGUCGACGACGCUUACGUGGCCGACCAGCCGACCGGAAGUCGGCGCCACAGCUUGGUACCGCCCAUGACCGACGAAGAUUACGCACCGGAGCAGUUUCUCAAUCGGCAUUCUCCGCGACAGACCAGCAUGCGUGAAUCCGUGCGCUCCCACCGUUCGAGCCGAACACCCGAAGGCUCGCUUACCGCACAGAACGCCCAGGCCCGAUCGGCGAAUCUGUUGGCUCCGCGGCGUGUCGAUCACGGCACCACAUCCGUGAUGGCAGCCACCGUCAUGGAAAUGCCCGGCGAAAGCCACACCCCUGGGGCCGCCGACCCGCAAUCUCCGGUACCGGAAUUAAAGUACACCGACGCCGGUUCACCAUAUUAUGCGGCCACUCCCAAUCCCGCCCUGCUAACACCGCUGCAUGUCAACCAAUUAGGCACACCGGAAUACAUGCAGCAGGUAGUGGAUAAACUCUCCGUCCAACAGAACUCUCUCUCCGCCCGUCGGCAGUACCAUCCGCUGCGGACGGCGCCUCCUCCGUUAUCACCAAUCAACCGGCGCAGCACUUUACCCGCGGCUAUUCCCGACCCCAUGAUACAGAUCGUCGUACCGCCGAAACCGCCCCGUACACCCCAGUCACAAAUGACCACUAUACAGGAGAGCCGUAACGGUAGUACGGGAAGCUCGCUCAAUACGAAAACCAUUGUCCAUAGUCCGUCAGAUACAACCAUGACGACGAAGACAUCCCUGGGAACCCUUCCGCGGCAGCCGUCCCAGGAUGUCCCCUCUAAUCGCUCAUCGCAAAAUGCGGUCAACGGCUCACGUGGCGCUCUGGGGAGAAAUCCCGCGCUUGGGAAAAUCCCCAAGUUGGGCUCCAUUAAUAUGGGGGCAUCGUUUCGAGUCAGUAUGCCGGAUAUUUUCGAAGCCGCAACCGUCGAAGCGCCUCCGCCGCUCUCACGGGAAGAAGUGUCCCGGUUAAGCUCUGAGAGGCGGGAAGCGGUUAGAAAAAUGAAAGAAGAAGAGGAACGGAUACGGAAGAAUCCGUUAUUGUUUAUAUUCCAUCCCGCUGUUAAGCUGCCAUAUCUUCUGCUAGCGAAUCCCAGAUCCGUCACUUCGAAUCUCUGCGAAGAUCUGCAAAAGUCUCCUUCCCUGCAUAGAAUUCCCGAAAUAGUCGAGUUUCUCCAUUUUCUUUCUCAGACCAGUAAUUCCCCCAUUGGUGAUGGAUUAUGGCUGAACUCCAUCGACCGCAACUACCAGUCAUUAUCUCCGGAAUCCGGAUUCGCCUCAACGCCUGCGGAUGGCCCUGCAGCAGGAAUAUUCCCUGGAGCGACCAUUGGGAAGACUGUUCCCUUUCCCGAAACCCGUGUGCUCCUACCCUGUCCGCCUACUUCGCUACACGUGUGUAAUCUACCAAUAGUCAAUGAAAAUGAGCUGAUACGGGAUCUGUUGAGCGUGGUGCAUGGGUUUGAAGGGAGCAUUGUAAAGUUCGUUCAUGAUGGGUGUCGUUUCGUUCAGAGUCGAGAAAUUGAGCCUCACAUGCAGGAAAUGGCGCUGCGUAUUGCCUACACGGGAUGGAUUUGUCAUAAACUGAAAAAGUUUUGUAUUCAGAAGAGAACGGAUAAAGUUGGUGGGUUAUGCAGCCAGCGAAUGUGCGCUGUCGUGGAAGAUGAAUUACAGUCGCAUCGGAAGUUGGUGUCAUUGCUUGAUGCGAAGGUUCAUCGGGAUAACCCGACUACCGUUACCGAUUCUGGUCUCCAUUCUGGGCAACUCACCUUACGCAAAUUUGAGCAAGCUGUUUUUCCCAUCAGAACGCGUCUCGAUUCCCUUCUCAAUCUCAUCCGUGGUGCAUCAACCGGCAAAGGCGGAGAAUUGUUAACCUCGCUUCUUCACAGAAUGGCUGAAGACGGCGAUCCGGACGUGCGACAGUUGGGCGGUAAACUGAUUGCUGCGGCCGUGGAACCUUUUCUAAUUCAGUUGUGCCAGUGGGUUUAUUCUGGUUACCUCCACGAUCCGUAUCACGAGUUUUUUGUCUCUCUGGAUCACGCAUCGAGCGCGGAAUCCUUCUGGUCAGAUCGGUACAGAAUCUCCGAUUCCAUGAUACCGUACUUUCUUCCAGCGGAAGUGGCUAACCAAUUAUUUUCUGGCGGAAAGUCGGUGUCUUUUAUUCGUACUCAUUGUAAUAUGCGGUGCAAUAUUCCGGGAAUGGAGGUGUACAACAGUGAAUGGAAUUCCGAAUCGAUGGAUCUCGUGUGGGAUUACCAGGAGAACAGAAUUAAGCCGCAAUAUUUGCGCAGUCUUUGUACAGCCAGUGGAAUUGCGACGAAAUAUGUGGUGGAUAUGCUUUGCGUUGACCAUAAACUUGACCUUCAUUUGCUGGCCCUGAGAAAGUAUUUCCUUAUGAGCCGUGGGGACUUCAUUCAGAUUAUUAUGGAUAAUUUGCGUGACCGUCUGGAUCAACCCACAGUGAACGUAAUGUAUUCUGCUAAUCUUACGGCAACACUGUACGAAGCGAUUAAUAUGGACUUGGAAGAAGCAGAGGUGAUCAAAGCUUUGGAUACAGUCAUGGUUUCCGUGAGAAGCGAUACGGAAAUUGGUUGGGAUGCGUUCUCUUUAGAGUACCGGAUCACAGGGCCGUUGAUUAAUGUUUUAACAAAGCACGCCAUAAACAGAUACAAGAGAAUUUUUAGCCAUCUAUGGCGGAUUAAGCGAGCUGAAUAUUUGCUGUGUGCAUUAUGGCGACGGGAAUUGAAGCCGAAAGCGGGCGCUUCGAAUUUUUCAGGGAUGGAAGCACUGUGCCACGAAACAAAUUUAAUGAUGCACAGAAUGCUGCAAUUUAUUCGCCAGAUGCAGUUUUGUUUUGAUUUGGACGUUUUGCAACUUGGAUGGAACAAAGAAAUAAUAGCCGAUAACUUGAAAGCAGCUAAAUCGAUUGAUGACCUGCUGGCAUUUCACAAUGCCGCUUUAAAUGCUAUGGAAGAUAAAUGCUUUCUUCGGGAGUCGAAGAACUUGCCGAGCAACUGCGCGGACUAUUUGAGGGUCAUCUUAGAUCAUAUUGUUGCCUUCGAAGGACUCUUUGAUGAGGUGGAAGACUGCCUGUACCGGUCGGAUCUGGAUGAUGAAUCUAUGGAAAACAUAGUUUUUCGGAAAGCACACACAGUGUCUCAGUUACAUGCAAAAUUUACGCGUGACGUAGCUCAGUUUACUUCACAAUGGGAGCUUUAUGACACAGACUGUUCGGUACGCUGUCAGUUGGAUUAUAAUAGCAAUUAUAUGGACUCCGAUAAGAAAGUUCGCAAUCAAGAAGCGCUCAAUGCCGCUGGAUUUGCGAAUUCAUUUUCUUCCGUAAUGGAAAAUCCCAGUCAGUUUGAUGCCUUCUGAAUUUAUUUACAGUAUUUAUUUGGGUACUGAUGCCUUUAUUUGCCUGAUUUGGUGGCCUUAAAAUGUGGCUUCCGGCACGAUGUUUCCAAAUUUGUUGGCCUUGCGAUUGCCUUUUCUGAUUACAUUGAUUUUUUAGUUUUCCACUAACCGAAAGCAUUAGUUUUGCCAUGGAAGAGUUUGCGAUUUUAUAUUUCGUUAAAGCCCACUGUUUUACUUUUGUACAUUGGUUGCAAUGCUCGAUGAUUUGCUCUAAUUUUAAUAUUUCAGUAUUAAAUG